AUGGCGUGGAGACAACAAGGAAGCACAGGUUCCAAUGCCCUUCCUCUGGGAAACAAGCGCAGGUUCCCCGGCGAUGAGGCAUCUCCUCAGCGCGUCGAGAAUGCCUACAACUCGCAGCCUUCCCAAGGUAGUAGCUACGAUGGAGGCUUCAAGCGUGGUCGCAGCCCCGUAAAAGAGGAACCUUCUGCCGAUGGAUCCCGUCGCCGCAAGAAGAGAAACCGCUGGGGUGACUCCACCGAGAACAAGGCUGCCGGUCUCAUGGGACUUCCAACUGCUAUCAUGGCCAAUAUGACCAGUGAACAACUAGAGGCAUACACUCUGCACUUACGUAUUGAAGAAAUCAGUCAGAAACUUAGGAUUGAUGAUGUCGUUCCCGCCGAUGGUGACAGAUCUCCUUCUCCCCCACCUCAAUACGAUAACUUUGGACGUCGUGUCAACACUCGAGAGUAUCGAUACAGAAAGCGUCUUGAGGAUGAGCGCCACAAGCUGAUUGAGAAGGCCAUGAAGGUCAUUCCUAACUACCAUCCGCCCCAAGAUUAUCGCCGUCCUACUAAGACACAGGAGAAAGUCUACGUCCCAGUCAAUGACUACCCAGAGAUUAACUUCAUUGGCUUACUUAUCGGCCCUCGUGGCAACACUCUGAAGAAAAUGGAGACAGAAUCCCAGGCCAAGAUUGCUAUCCGUGGAAAGGGGUCCGUCAAGGAAGGAAAAGGCCGUUCCGAUGCUGCUCACACCAGCAACCAGGAGGAGGAUCUCCAUUGCUUGAUCAUGGCAGAUACCGAGGAGAAAGUCAACAAGGCAAAGAAGCUGAUCCACAACAUCAUCGAGACUGCUGCUUCCAUCCCUGAGGGUCAGAACGAGCUAAAGCGCAACCAACUUCGUGAGCUUGCAGCACUCAAUGGUACCCUUCGCGAUGAUGAGAAUCAAGCUUGCCAAAACUGUGGUCAAAUCGGUCACCGAAAGUACGACUGCCCAGAACAGCGCAACUUUACUGCAAACAUCAUCUGUCGUGUUUGCGGUAAUGCAGGCCACAUGGCUAGAGACUGCCCUGAUCGACAACGUGGUGCUAGCUGGCGCAAUGAUGGUCCUGGUGCAGGCCCUGCCGCUGGAGUUGGUCGCAUUGGUGCCGGAGAUGCAGUUGACCGAGAGUACGAGCAACUCAUGCAAGAACUCUCUGGAGGAGCACCUGCUACUGGCGAAGCCCCAAGACGUAUCGAGUCUGGCCCGGGUAGUGGCUCAGAACAACCUCCCCAAGACGAUGUCAAGCCUUGGCAUCGUGGACCCACCGGUGCGAGCGCUCCAUGGCAAAAGCGAGGUGAUGAUCGAGGAUUCGACUCUCGUGAUUCCGCACCCACAGGACCCUCUGGGGGCGCCGCGCCGUGGGCUAGAGGAGAUCGUGGCCGUGGUGGUGAAGCACGUGGUGGAGACUCUUACUACGGUGGUGGUCAAUCUGGCUACAACGCUCCUCCUACUGGUCCUUCUGGUGGUUCUGGCAAUGCCGCUCCCUGGGCACAACCAGCCCCCCCUGCUUACCCUGCAGCCGGAUAUGGUGGCUAUGCUGCUCCUGGUUACGCCGCUGGCUACCCUCCUCAACAAACCAUGGGAGCUCCUCCUGGUCUCGCCGCUCCUCCAGGACUGACUGGUACUGGUCUGAGUGCUCUUCUGCAGCAGUUCGCAGGUAGUCCCCCACCUCCUCCACCCACCUCGAACAUUCCUCCUCCUCCUCCACCAGGGGGUGCACCGCCGCCACCUCCAUCAGACGCCCCUCCGCCACCUCCUGGAAAUUAG